GAGAGAGAGAGAGAGAGAGAGAGACAGAGAGACAGAGAGAGAGAGAGAGGUGUGUUGCUCCUUGAAUAUACACUCUGAGGACACACUCUAACUCAUACACACAGAAAUUCUACACAAACACACACUUUUCAAGAGACUAAUGGAAGAGCUGAUGCUGUUGUCAUGGAAACAGAUACUACCCUGGACGGACACCAAGAACUGGAGGCUUUUUAUAUUUCUUUAAUGAUACAUUCUCAUUCCAUUAAAACCUCACCACCACCACCCCCCUCCCCCCCAUAUAAAGAGAUGGUUGAAUAUGUGGGAGCUAUGAUGAGGUUUUAUAAAGAGAUGGUUGAAUAUGUGGGAGCUAUGAUGAGGUUUUAUAAAGAGAUGGUUGAAUAUGUGGGAGCUAUGAUGAGGUUUUAUAAAGAGAAGGUUGAAUAUGUGGGAGCUAUGAUGAGGUUUUUAUAAAGAGAUGGUUGAAUAUGUGGGAGCUAUGAUGAGGUUUUAUAAAGAGAUGGUUGAAUAUGUGGGAGCUAUGAUGAGGUUUUAUAAAGAGAAGGUUGAAUAUGUGGGAGCUAUGAUGAGGUUUUAUAAAGAGAUGGUUGAAUAUGUGGGAGCUAUGAUGAGGUUUUAUAAAGAGAUGGUUGAAUAUGUGGGAGCUAUGAUGAGGUUUUAUAAAGAGAAGGUUGAAUAUGUGGGAGCUAUGAUGAGGUUUUAUAAAGAGAUGGUUGAAUAUGUGGGAGCUAUGAUGAGGUUUUAUAAAGAGAAGGUUGAAUAUGUGGGAGCUAUGAUGAGGUUUUAUAAAGAGAAGGUUGAAUAUGUGGGAGCUAUGAUGAGGUUUUAUAAAGAGAUGGUUGAAUAUGUGGGAGCUAUGAUGAGGUUUUAUAAAGAGAUGGUUGAAUAUGUGGGAGCUAUGAUGAGGUUUUAUAAAGAGAUGGUUGAAUAUGUGGGAGCUAUGAUGAGGUUUUAUAAAGAGAUGGUUGAAUAUGUGGGAGCUGUGAUGAGGUUUUAUAAAGAGAAGGUUGAAUAUGUGGGAGCUAUGAUGAUGUUUUAUAAAGAGAAGGUUGAAUAUGUGGGAGCUAUGAUGAGGUUUUAUAAAGAGAAGGUUGAAUAUGUGGGAGCUAUGAUGAGGUUUUAUAAAGAGAAGGUUGAAUAUGUGGGAGCUAUGAUGAGGUUUUAUAAAGAGAAGGUUGAAUAUGUGGGAGCUAUGAUGAGGUUUUAUAUGAUGCAGUCAGCUCUGUUCAUAAAAUAAUGGUACUAAACUUCCCUCAAGAUAAUAUAUAGGCUACGUCCCAAAUGGCAUCCAUUCCCCUAUAAAAUGCCCUCCUUAAAGAAGUGCACUAUGCAGGGCAUCGGCUGCCAAUUGGGAUGCGGGCCAUGGAUUUGAGGGUUUUGUAUGUUGACCAGCCAAGUCUCUUCGGUUCUGUUCUGUUCUGUUCUGUUCUCUUCUGUUCUGUUCUGUCAUGCCACUUGUAUA